GGCGGGGCGGGCCUCGCACUGCGGCCUGCGGCCCUCGCGGGGCCCGGCGCGGCACACCGCGGGGCUUCGUGGUGCUCCGGCGCGGCCCUCGGGGCUGGUUUGCUGCUUCGGAGCUCGGUUCCCCCCGCAGGCCGCUGUGGGAUGCUGUCUAAUUGUCUAAUCUAGAUAAUUCAGUAUGUAAGGGGGCUGGAAGAGGAAAGGGGCAGGCUGUGCAGCAGGGUGUGUGCGAUAAGGCAAGGGGAAGCGGUUUCAGACUAAAGGAAGGGAGUUUUAGGUUGGACAUAAGGAAGGAGUUUUUUUACUGUAAGAGUGCUGGGACACUGCAUGGGCUGCCUGCACAGGUGGGUGCCCCAUCCCUGCCGACACCCAGAGUUGGGAUGGGGCUGUGAGCCCCUGAGCAGCUGUAGAUGUCCCCGUUAAGGAGUUGGAUCGAAUGGCCUUUAAAGGUCCCUUCUAACUCAGAAGACCCUUUGUUCCCCCCAUUCCUGAAGCUGACCUGCACGUUUUUGUACAAAUGGCUCAGAUCCACUGGCUGGAAUUGAGUGUGGAGGUGAUCAGCACAUGCUGCUGGCCUCGGAUAGCAGACCUGUUGGCCAGAGUUUGCACAACAGCCUUGCUGUCCUGGUUGAGUUCCAUCCUGUGUGGCCAUCACUACUGAAGUACUACAGCCACACAGACAGUGUUAGCUGGCUUGAAGAAUACAAAGCACGGCACAAUGCUGGCCUAGAAGCCCAGAGAAUUGUAUCUUCCUUCUCCAAAAGAUUCUUCUCAGAGCAUGUUCCCUGUGAUGGAUUCAGUGACAUUGAGACUCUUGGGUGCCCGAGUCACUUUUUUGAGGAUGAGCUGAUGUGUAUCCUUAACAUGGAAGGCAGGAAAGGUCUCACCUGGAAGUACUAUGCAAAGAAAAUUCUAUACUUCCUACGGCAACAGAAUAUAUUAAAAAAUCUGAAGGAGUAUCUCCAGCGCCCUGCUGACCAGCAGUCGUUUCUGGAGGGUGCUGUUUUAAUUGACCAAUAUUGUAACCCACUGUCAGACAUCUGCUUAAAAAGUGUCCAGGCACAAGUGGAUGAGAUCACAGACAAAGUGCGCAAAGUCCUCCGGACAAAAAACCCAAGGCACCCCAGCGUGGCUUCCAAGGCAGGAGAGAUCCUGAUUCCAGAAGUGGAGCUUCAGCGGCAGGUACUUGAUGCUAUGAAUUGUGUCCUAUAUGAGCAAUUAAAAUACAAAGGAAACGAACUGGAUUACUAUAACUCCCUGAAUUCAUACAUUCAUCAGGUUUUGAUCCGCAGAACGGGAAUUCCUAUCAGUUUGUCUGUGCUUUAUUUAACAAUUGCCAGGCAGCUGGGAGUCAAACUUGAGCCAGUCAACUUCCCUAGUCACUUUCUGCUGCGAUGGUGUCAAGGAAAAGAAGGAAGCACAGAUAUCUUUGACUACACCUACAUUGACGCCUUUGGGAAGGGGAAGCAGCUGACGGUGAAGGAGUGCGAGUACCUCAUAGGCCACCACGUGACGGAGGAGUUCUAUGGGGUGGUGACUUCCAAGGAGGUCCUGCAGCGUAUGGUGGGAAAUCUCCUCAACCUGGGCAAGCGAGAAAGCACUGAUCAGUCUUAUCAACUCUUGAGAGACUCGUUGGAUCUGUACCUGGCCAUGUAUCCGGACAAUGUGCAGCAUCUAAUGCUCCAGGCUAGGUUAUACUUCCACCUGGGAAUCUGGCCAGAAAAGGUUCUGGACAUCCUGCAGCAUAUUCAGGCUUUGGAUCCAUCACAGCACGGGGCUGUUGGGUACCUGGUACAGCACACCCUGGAGCACAUUGAGCGUCGGAAGGAGGAGGUGGGACCUGAGGUGAAACACCGUUCAGAUGAGAAGCACAAAGAGGUCUGCUUCUCAAUUGGGCUGAUUAUGAAACACAAGAGGUAUGGCUAUAACUGCGUGAUUUAUGGCUGGGACCCUGCCUGCAUGAUGGGACACGAAUGGAUCCGAAAUAUGAAUGUCCACAGCCUCCCCCAUGGCCCCCACCAGCCCUUCUACAACGUGCUCGUGGAAGAUGGCUCUUGCAGAUAUGCUGCACAAGAGAACCUGGAGCACAACUCAGAGCCUCGGGAGAUUCCUCACCCCGACAUCGGCCGCUAUUUCUCGGAGUUCACUGGCACUCACUACCUGGCCAAUACCGAGCUGGAGAUUCGGUACCCGGAGGACCUGGAGCUGACAUGCACCACAGUUCAGAAGAUCUACAGUUCAGGCAAGGAGCGAAUGACAGCAGCAUCCCAAGGAUGGAAGCAGACCGGAGUGUAGCUUUACCCUCUUUGCAAGACUUGCCCAGAGGGCGAGUUUGGUGACAAUCCUUUGGCUUAAUGCACUGAAAACUGCAUUAAACUUUGUAACCGGUGCUAUAGCAUCUUUCCGUUGCCUACCUGCCCAUUCUGGCCCACAGGGAUGCUGUGGUAGUGAGCCCAGGCUGAGGGUCUUGCAGGGUUGGUCGUGCUGAGAAGCGUGCUGUCCUUUGGAAGAUCUGCCCGUAGACUCAUUCUGUGCUUGGCCUGCCUGGAAGGUCAGCGCCGUGAGAUCCCUGGUGUGGCAGAACCCCACCUUGCAGAGAAGUUGCUUGUCCUUACAGUGUCGUGAGGUUUUUGUUUUGGUUGGUUAUUUUUUAACGUAUGUCUCAUGCAGGUGAUAGUUUUUAAAGCCUAUAACGUUCCA